CAUCGUGACUAUUUUUGUACCACUUAAAUACCUCUCCAAUUUUAUUUCCGUGUUGCUUUCACUCUUGACGCCAGGUAUCAUAGCGAUAACACGAACUAUGGGACACACGCUUGCGUACUUCUCUGCUUUGGUGGCUAUUUUGUCCUUGACAGGUGUGUGUGAAGUAUGGUCAUCAUCGCCGUAUCAUGGAAAAUUCAUCAGUGAUUUCACCACGUUGGCUCACGGCGUGACUGGUACGGUUUACGCAGUGGACGACCAUCGCAUUAGGAUUGUAGGCUUUAACUAUGACGGUGCCGCACCCGACGCUUUUUUCUGGGGCGGUACAACCGACGAACCUGGUUCGUCUGGAGAAGUCAUUCCCGAUGAAUUUGGAAGAACCGCUACCAAACUAGGAACGUACAUUAAUCGUAGCAUUACCAUUACUCUGCCCGACGGUAAAACUAUCAAUAACUACAGAUGGGUGUCAGUAUGGUGUAGAGAUUUUACCGUUGAUUUUGGACACAUCUAUAUUCCAAACAACUUCGAUGCACCCCUUGAAUACGAUGCAGGACCAUUUAGGGAAUAUGCUCAUGGCUUGAAAGGCCACGUGUACAUCACGGAUUCCAGGACAUUUAGAAUCGAAAAUCUGCAUUAUGACGGGAACGGACCUGAUGCAUACUUCUGGGUUGGAACUGGGUCAUCGCCGCACCGACGCGGUAGCAAAGUACCAGAUGAGAACGGCAGUACCAGAAAACUGAGCGGGUACAACGGUGAUACAAUAUCUAUAACAAUGACCUCUGAGAUGACUGUGUUCGACAUUGAUUGGUUAUCGAUGUGGUGCGUGGCAGCAGUCCAAAAUUUCGGCCAUGUUGAUAUACCAGACAAAAGCGAGUUGAAUAUCCCGCCUUACAUUGACGACUCGUCUGAUACAUCGUACGAUAAUUGUGAAGUUUUGAACGACAAUUUUCAUGUGAGUUGGACUUUGGAGGGGUCCUACAUACAAAUUCAACUAAGCGGGCGAGUUGAUCGCGGUGAAUAUUUAGCGUUUGGUUUAAGUGGUUCUGAUGUAGGUACUGUGAUGAUUGGAUCUGAUGUCACUGUUGCUUGGACUGAUGAAAACAACGAUGCAUUCGCCGUGGAUUACUCGUUGACAGCCUAUGGUCAGUGCAGUGUUGGAUACGGGGCAUGUCCAGACGCCGAGGCUGAUGGAGUGGAUGACGUGUAUGACUCUUUCGCCGUGAUCACUGAUGGUAUAACUCGUAUCGGCUUCACCAGACAAUUGGAUACAGGUGAUUCGGUCGAUAAUGCAAUACCUUCAGACGGAGAAGUCUAUAUAUCAUGGGCUAUUGGUCUAAUUAAUCCGAAUGGUUUAGCAGCUAAGCACCACACGGUACCAAGCGGUAAUGUCAAGUUGAAUUUUGGUCGAGUCAACUCUGAUAACUGUCCAUCGUUUCCGGAUACCACCCUCAAACCAGUGACGCCAUGGGAAGAGGUAUGUUUGGAUGGGGACGAGGACAAUACUGUGUUUCGUGUUCGGAUUGGUCAAGCUGGCGGUAGGAGGGGAUAUACUGCCAUCACCGGAUUAGUUUCAUGGGGUAUUGCGUGGUACAUAAAUGAAACAUUAAUACCAGUACUGAGAUUAAAGCGUGGCGUCAACUACACAUUCAUCAUCGAGGGAGGUGACGAUCCGAUGCAGUCUGCAUCCUACCACCCAUUCUACAUUACAGAUGACCCGGUCGGCGGAUACGUUCAAAAAAGUCAAGAAGAAAGAGAGCAAGUCAAGGUAUAUGCCGGUGUAGAGUUUGAGAAUGGAAAUCCGUCACCAACCGCAGCGGGUCGCUACUGUGAAUACAAAACUACAGGGGUUGACCAAUCGGAAGAAUCAGAAACUUUUGAAGAUUACUUCAAGACUCUGAAAUUGGAUUGUGAAGAAGGGGCACCGGGUGAGCUGUUAUGGACGCCAGACGAGAACACGCCCGACACCGUGUAUUAUCAGUGUUACACUCACCAAUACCUGGGAUGGAAAAUCACUUUUAAUGACGCUGCUGGAAUAUAUUUGACUUCUGCAAGCCAUAAUAUUGUAUUGAGUAUCUUAAUAUUAAUUUGCAUAUGGAUUGUAUAAUUCAUAAUAGUGUUGCGUUUGUACUGAACCCGUCAAUGACGAAGUGCACCAAAUGUGAAGACGCGUAUAAAUGUGUGUAUUACGUCAUUAUUUCCUGUUUAAAUCCUUGUCCAAUCACAUAUCUAGUCCAGUAUGCAUAUGAUUUCUGUGAAGUGAUUUGUCCGCGCAUUUUUUUUUAUUAUGAGCUUUAUAGUAUUUUUUUUUUAAAUUGAAAAUAAAGAAUGAGUAAGGGACGACGUCAAAAGAUCGAUGUCGGAUAAAAAACUUCUUUGCAUUAGUUUGGGGGGUGACUUUAAAAAAAUUAUAUUUUUUAAUGAUGUCAAAAAAAUCUUGGAGUAAUUGUAGUUCGUUGUUUUUUAUCCAAUCAUCAUAUCAACAGAAAAAGAAAAAAAAAUCCAAGAAAUGGUUUGGUCCGAGUGUAAAUAUGUGCGUCAAAUAAGACCAAUUUCAGGGCUAGACCUAGAGCAUGCGCAGAACCCAGAAAAGUAGUUUCCGCAUGCGUGAAUUCCCCUACAUUAUUUCCUCUUGAACGGCUGAAGGUUUGAUGGCUGCGUUUUUGGGGCGUGAGUUGGUUAGUAGUUUUGACUAAAUUCUGGCUAUAAAGUUAUGCAGAUGCAAUUUGGAUUUGUAUUAGAAAAUAAGAAAGGUGAUGUUGACAUUUACUACAUGAAAACAUGCAUACAAUGUGUAAUGACAAUUUCAUUGUAUUACCUACUUCUGUAAAUUAAAUGUACUUCCUAAAAGAAAGGUACAAAUAAAGCUUGUUUUUCUUUGUUA